GCGCAAAAGUACUAAAAUGAUUAUGUGGACAGUGAAUAUUCAGUGGACGUUUCUCACAGAAACUCUGUGAGGCUGUUGUGCUGGUUUUGUCCAGGUGAUGCUCAUUUGUUUUAUCAGUCACCAAAGUAACGGGGCGGCGUUUCUACUGCGCAUCAAGAGCCACAAGACGCAGAAAGUCACCGCGCGAUGGAUGUGUUUCUGGCACGCGCGCGUCUUCUGCCAAUUCUGCGCUACAGAUAACUCUUAGAUAGUAUAUAAUCGCACGCGUUUUGUCUUUCUUUAUCGGAAUAAUGAAAAUGGAGCAGAAUAAGGCUCGGGAUUCGCCGAAAGAGCCGUCCUCUCAUCACACGGAGAUGCUGCUGGCUUUACUCACGCAGAGAGAGGAGUUACGGAAAGAUAUUCCAGUCUGCGCAGGCUGUAACCAGCACAUAGUCGAUCGUUUUAUCCUGAAGGUUUUGGAUCGACAGUGGCACAGCAAAUGUCUGAAAUGCAGCGACUGUCAGUCUCAGCUGGCCGACAAAUGCUUCAGUCGAGGCGACAGUGUCUACUGCAAAGAUGACUUCUUCAAGAGAUUCGGGACCAAGUGCGCUGCGUGUCAGCAGGGCAUUCCGCCGACACAAGUAGUCCGGAGGGCGCAGGACUUCGUGUAUCACCUGCACUGCUUCGCCUGUAUCGUAUGUAAGAGGCAGCUGGCCACAGGUGACGAGUAUUACCUGAUGGAGGACAGUCGACUGGUGUGUAAAGCCGAUUACGAGACCGCCAAACAGAGAGAGGCGGAUUCGACAGCAAAACGCCCGCGCACAACAAUCACCGCCAAACAGCUGGAGACGCUGAAGAACGCGUAUAACAACUCACCGAAACCCGCGCGCCACGUGCGGGAGCAGCUGUCGUCAGAGACCGGCCUCGACAUGCGGGUGGUGCAGGUCUGGUUUCAAAACAGAAGAGCCAAAGAGAAAAGACUGAAAAAAGAUGCAGGUAGGCAGAGAUGGGGACAGUACUUCAGAAACAUGAAGAGGUCACGCGGGAGCUCCAAAUCGGAUAAAGACAGCACUCUGGAGGAGGGCAUUGACAGCGAUGCUGAGGUCUCUUUCACGGAUGAGCCGCCCAUGUCGGAGCUGGGUCACUCCAAUGGCAUUUACAGCAGUCUGAGCGAAAGCUCUCCGGCUCUGAGUCGUCAGGGUGGAGGUCAUCCACCCUUCCCGCUGGAGCAUGGUGCCAUCAUUCCCUCACAGGAGCAAUACCACGACAUCCAGGCCAGCAGCCCCUACAGCCUCCCGCAGUCUCCAGGCUCACUACAGGCCCUUCCCAGACACCAGCCCCUCAUCUCCAGCCUGGUCUACCCAGAGUCAGGCCUGCCCAUGAUGGGUCAGAGCGGAGGCCAGAACAUGACUCCGGGGGUUCGCAUGAUGGCCGGGGGAAACGGGCCGAGCUCUGAUUUGUCCACGGGAAGCAGUGGUGGGUACCCGGACUUCCCUGCGAGCCCAGCAUCCUGGCUGGAUGAAGUGGAUCAUGCCCAAUUCUGAUAGUUUUGAAGAUGCACAUUUGGAAAGAGACCUAGAGUAGAUCUCCACCAGUGGAUAGGGAUUACAAAGCAGAUGAAUUUUGUAUCUUCUCUAAAAUUGGUUAGCGAUGGACCCAAGACUUGAGCUGAAAAGUCUCGCCAAGGUUUUGAACUUCUGGUUGGUUCUACAAGGACACGACAUUGAGUCGGGAGCUUUCAGCAACUAUUGGAGCUCUUCACCAACUUUUACUAUACCUAGUCCAUGACUUUUAAUUAGCCUAUACGACAAUGCAAAGAUUUUAUUUUCUUCUUCAAGAUGAGAAUUCAAGUCAGUUACAGUAAGGUAGAAGUAUGGUGCACCAAGAAAAAUGAAAUCAUCCAUCAUUGCUGUUACUGAUGUGUAUAAAUGUGAUUUCACCAGUUUGGUCCAAGUGUCUGGUCGUUGCCAAAUGUCUAUAUACAUUAUAUAACAUUUAAUCAAUGUGGAGUCUUUAUUUUUAUACAACCUCCUUGGACUAUAUGAUCACAGAGACUUUGUAUGUUUCACAACAGGGAUAGACAAGUUGUAGGCUAGCUGUUGUCUCUUUCUAUUCAGUAGGAGUUCCUCUAUGCAUUUGUGUGUUUUCAGACGUGUCUUGUUAAUUUCACUGUGUUGAAAACGUUUGGCCGAGGCGCUGUGGCUCCUGUAUGUGUUAUGUGAAAAAAAUGUUUUAUGUCUUAUUUAUUCUCUCUGAUGAUGGUUAAGUCUUAAAGGUCUUUAAUAAAUUUGUCAGUGAAAUCCUCAAGUAGACAUUGCUUCCUGUCAGAGCUCUUUAGCGCUGUGGGCUUGUGUUUUUUAUUUCUUCAUUUACUAAAAGGAUGCAAAUUUCUGUGCCGUUUAUAGCCUCCCCAUUGUUCUGCGCUCUGUAAAGCGGAGGAGCGGCCAUCUGAUCCGGGAAGGUUUCUCCAGUGGCUCGUUGGCAGCGAGAGCGUUAGAACGGGCUUGGAUAUUUAUUUCUUUUUUUCCGAGAUUAAUCACAUCGAUCUUAUAUCAGGGCACAGAUAAUGGACCGCCGGUCUGGCUUGUGACCAGAGCCGUAUCAAGAGUUCAACGCCUCUUUAGCAGAGAAAUUCGAGGCGGACGCUACUGCAACAUGUCGAUUUGGAGAUAAGUGUGCCAUGUUUACCCGGUUGCCCCGACGGGACAGAAAUAUUCAAUCUAUUAGCUUGUCAGGGUUCGGUUUGUUUACAAUUUCACAAUUUAAUUCAAUUACACAGAUGAAAUGCUGUGAGUGGGAGGUUGUAUUUUAUUCGAAAUAAUGGUAUAAUGACGCACCCCCAA